AUGGGGAUCGAGAGCUUCUGCAGCGCGGGCCCCUACGAGCCCUUCUGGGUGAGCGGCGGGAUGGGGCUGCGGGGUCUCGGCUCGGCGGCGGCUGCCGGUGUCGGCGCUGAGGGAUGGCGGGAAGCCGGGUGGGACGGAGAUGGUCGCGGGCCGCCGGUCCCGGGCGGAGCCCGAGGGGGCCGUGCCCGGCGGCGGGAGAGCGGGAGCCUCCUGUCCCGGCGCUCACCUUGGGCAGAGCGCGGGCGUCUGCGGCGCGCCCCGGCCGUGCGCCAGCCUCGCUGGCCGCGGCGGCGUGCGUGCGGGAGCACCGGCGCGAAGCGGCCGCGGGCUCGGUGGAGGAGCAGGGCCGUGGCCGCGGGCUCGCUGGUCUCCGGCGGGGUGCGAUGUCCCCCCGCCCGGGGCGCAGAGCGGGAGCUGGCGUGCCUCGUGUGCGAGGUUUCCGUCACGGAAAUGCUUGGAGGGGCGAACUGGUGUGGUGCUGAAGUGGAUGCAUUUCGUUAUGUCACCUUCUGCAUCUACUUCAUCCUGUUGUUUGUACAGCUCAUCCUGUGUUGUUUUCCAGAACGACCACCUUUGUUUUCUGAAACAGUAAAUGAUCCUAAUCCAUGUCCAGAGUUCAGUGCUUCUUUCCUCUCCAGAAUCACGUUCUGGUGGAUCACUGGGUUGAUGGUUCAGGGUUAUCGGAGACCUUUGGAAGCCAAGGAUUUGUGGUCAUUAAAUAAAGAGGACAAAUCGGAGGAGAUAGUGCCAGGUUUGGCUAGAAAUUGGGCAAAAGAGUGGGCAAAGACCAAGAGGCAACCAUUAAACAUAUUAUACUCGCCCAAAAAACAGCAAAAAUCAAGCGACUCAAAUGGUGAUGUGACAGAAGAGGCUGAAGCUUUGAUUAUAAAACCAUCUCAGAAGAGCUCUGAAGCAUCUUUAUUCAAGGUGUUAUAUAAAACCUUUGGACCAUAUUUUCUCAUGAGCUUCCUGUUUAAAGCUGCACAUGAUCUCUUGAUGUUUGCAGGCCCAGAAAUUCUGAAAUUGCUAAUCAACUUCGUAAAUAACAAAGCUGCCCCAAACUGGCAAGGCUACUUUUAUACAGGGCUGCUGUUUGUUUGCGCCUGUCUUCAGACACUGAUUCUUCACCAGUAUUUUCAUAUUUGCUUUGUAACUGGAAUGAGGCUCAAAACAGCUAUUGUUGGUGUAAUUUAUCGAAAGGCACUUGUUAUCACAAAUUCUGCUAGAAAGACUUCAACUGUGGGUGAGAUUGUGAAUCUAAUGUCUGUGGAUGCUCAGAGAUUCAUGGACUUGGCUACCUAUAUAAACAUGAUUUGGUCUGCACCUCUCCAGGUGAUACUAGCACUGUACUUGCUGUGGCAGUGCUUUUCAGAAUUUAGGUCCUUCAGUGCUGGCAGGUGUGGCUGUCAUGAUCCUUCUGGUUCCGAUAAACGCUGUGAUGGCAAUGAAGACAAAAACCUAUCAGAUAGCAUCUCAGAUUUCCUGCUUGGGAAGCUAGUGGCUCAAAUGAAGAGCAAAGACAACAGAAUUAAGCUUAUGAAUGAAAUUCUCAAUGGAAUUAAAGUUCUGAAACUUUAUGCUUGGGAAUUAGCCUUCAGAGAGAAGGUAUUAGAGAUCAGACAGAAAGAACUCAAAGUCCUAAAAAAAUCUGCUUACCUUGCUGCAAUGGCAACCUUCACUUGGGUUUGUGCUCCUUUUCUGGUUGCCUUGUCCACGUUUGCUGUGUACGUCACAAUAGACAAGAACAACAUCUUGGAUGCUCAGAAGGCAUUUGUUUCUCUAGCGUUAUUCAACAUCCUCAGGUUUCCAUUGAACAUGCUUCCUAUGGUUAUCAGCAGCAUAGUAGAAGCCAGUGUCUCCUUGAAGCGCCUUAGGGUGUUCCUGUCUCAUGAAGAGUUAGAUCCAGACAGCAUAAUCAGGGGUCCCAUCACAGAAGCUGAAGGAAGCAUUGUUGUAAAGAACGCAACAUUUAGCUGGUCCAAAAAUGAUCCUCCUUUACUGAACAGCAUUAACUUCACUGUUCCUGAAAGCUCCUUAGUAGCUGUUGUUGGUCAAGUUGGCUGUGGAAAGUCUUCACUGCUGUCUGCGUUGCUGGGGGAGAUGGACAAAAAGGAAGGCUACGUGGUUGUCAAGGGCUCAGUAGCCUACGUUCCUCAGCAAGCCUGGGUCCAAAAUGCAACUCUGGAAGAUAACAUUAUCUUUGGAAGGGAGAUGAAUGAGAGUCAGUACAAGCGUGUGAUUGAGGCUUGUGCACUGCUGCCUGAUAUAGAGAUUCUUCCUACAGGAGACAAAACAGAAAUAGGGGAAAAGGGUGUGAAUUUGUCUGGAGGACAGAAACAACGAGUCAGUCUUGCUCGGGCGGUUUACUGUAAUGCAGAUGUCUAUUUAUUUGACGAUCCUCUAUCAGCUGUUGAUGCUCAUGUUGGGAAACAUAUUUUUGAAAAAGUUAUUGGACCAAAAGGAAUCCUGAAAAAUAAAACACGGGUUUUGGUAACGCAUGCAAUCAACUAUCUGCCUCAAAUGGAUACAAUUCUGGUAAUGACUGAUGGAGAAAUCUCUGAGAUGGGCUCCUACCAGGAGCUGCUGAAGCAAGAUGGGGCUUUUGCAGAGUUUCUUCGUACAUAUGCUAAUGCUGAACAAAGCAUGGAGAACAGCGGUAAGCUUACAAAUAAAUUCUCUUGGGAUAAGCUGAUGUGUGGCAUGUUAAAGGAGUCAUGUUAA